CGAACUCCUAGUACCAAUCAACCGGUCAAAAUGAUCCGUCUACAUCUGACACUCCUUUCCGUAGCCGGGGUCUUCCUGACCCUUCGCCCAACCCUCGCCGAGGUCGACGCCGAGUCCAGCUGCAUCCCGGGCACGUUCUCCACCAUCAAGGCGAACCUGCUGCGCACGCUGAUCCUGUGCUACGUGUACGACUGCCCGGAGGACAUAACGAACGCGAUCGCGAAGGACUUUAACAAGUUCCACCACUACGAUCUGCAUCCGGCCGCGAUGAAGGGCGAUUGCGCUGGCGGUGAUGCAGCAGCAGCAGCUGGCGCACCAGCUGGUACACCAGCGGCAUCAGCUGCUCCAGCCGAUCCGGCUAAAGCCGACGCUGCUCCUGCUGCAGGUGACGCUGCUCCUCCCGCCGAUGCUGCUCCAGCUGAAGCGCCUGCAGCUCUUCGUCGGCUGAAGCGUGACGCACCUGCUGUCGCUCCCGCCGCAGCACCUGCCACCGCCGCCGAGGAGAAGGCCAUCGAAGUUCCGGUGCAGGUUUUGAGCAAGCUGGCCAAGCUAACGUCGGCGCUGGAGAAGGACCGUAACGCGGCGCUGUCCGCGUGCACGGACUGGAUGUCGAUGCUGAACAAGCUGCUGAUUGACAUCAUGCAGGCGAACAAGCAGUGCUUCCUGGAACCGGCCGAUCGCUACCCGGCGGAACUUCCGGACGACGGUGCGGAGAUCGACUGCGACGAGAUGACGGUGUACAUGCGCCAGCUGCAGAAGCACUUUGGCGGACAGUGCGACUCCCAGGGCAAGAACUGUCCGGACAAGCUGAAGACGGCCGUCAAGUGGUUCGGCAAGGCGUACAAACAGCUUGGUAGGAACUGCUACUACGAUGCUUAUGAGUACAUGGAUAGCAAGUAGGCGGGUUUUUUUUAUGAAAUAAAGAAGUUUGAAGAGUAUUUUUUGUAUUUUAUUUGACAGGUAACUGUCAAACUAGCCGAGACUCGAACCUGUUGUUGUCACAAAUGUUACAUUUUUACAUGCUGAAUACCAGAUUUAACCUAAAAUCCGUGUUCUUUAUGGAUCAGACAUUGAAAAAAAGCUAAUUUUGAACAAGAUUUGAACUCAUACCUACUGGUCGACGAUACAUCGGUUUGUCAACUGAUCUACCAGCUAAGCUUAACGAAUGAGACGAUUUAAUGAGUUGUCGUAUCAACCUCCAACCAGUGCUGUCCAGCUCGUUAGGAAACCCAUUAUUCAGCUGAUUGUUUCUUCCAAAAGCUCUGUUCCAGCUCGUUUAGGAGCCCAUAAACAAAGCGAUUUAUUCCAAUCAAGUGUGGUGCGCCAAUUGCACAACCCCCUGAACAAGUCGUCGCGCGGCGACAAGUGUGCUUGUAGUGUAGAAGGUGGACCUGUUCGGAGGAGUUUGGAACCCACACGCUCAGAUCUAGCUUGAAUCGAAGACCGUGACAUGGCUGGAUAUUGCCUUUUGGAGAACUCGCGCAGGUUUGUCACAAUUUGGAGCAUCGUGCUUGUUCUGAUGAUUGGCGUGACAUCGACGUUGGGAGAAAUGGAGGAGAGCGUCGACUGUGACGAAGUGGUGCAGUACUACAAGGCGAUGGACAAGUACUUGGCGAAAAAGUGUGACUCGGAUGAGUGUGAUGAGAAGUACAAAAAGGCGCUUGAGUGGUUUCAGCGGGCGCAGAAGCAAGCGGCUAGGGAGUGCUACUACGACAUCUAUGAUGACCAUUAGGUUAAGCUUUUAAUAUCUAAUUAAUGACAUGGUAGUUAUUGCUGAAAACAUGUUGGGAAGAAUACGCUUCAAAAUUAUCAUUAAAAUUUCAAUUUAUUUAAAAGAAAUACAAGAAUCAGCAUCACUAACGAUCUAAAUGCGAAAACUGAAACGGCUAUUAACUGGUUUGAACUGACUCGGCGGCAAACAGCUGAAGGAUUGCAACUUCGGUCAAGAAUGUUUGAUGACUGUUAGUCGCGGGUAGUGAUGGAUGCUGUCGGUUUCAAUAAAGAGUUAAUUAAGAGCAAUAAUAGCCUGGUUUGCUGAUGAUUGUCGAGUUUGAACGGAGAAGUGUGCAAAAUUUAUGUCGGAAAUCUUAGCUGGAUAGUACUAGAAUUGAGUAAUUAAAAAUUCUGAUCAAAUUAUUUAAAACUUCAAA